AUUCCCCUGCGCCGAGCGAAAGCCACGUGUAAGUUGUCAGAGUGGGGAGGAAUGUGGUGCCAAAUGGAAACAACAUAAACAGCUGGGAGAUUUCAUCCGGCAUUUCCAGCGGAGACGGGAGACUUUUGUUCUCCUAGACCAGUCUUUCCAAAGGUGCUUUAGCUACUCCUGCUUCUUCGGGGAAGGUUGUUGCUUUGGAGUCGUGUGAUUUGUCCUGUUGGGAAGCUGCCUUCUGAGUGUCUCUGGAGAGAUGCCAGCCAGCUGAAUUAAGCACUGGCAGGGACAGCAUCUCCCAGGCUGAAGUUCUAAGCCCAGGCACGUGGCAUUUGCACAAGUGAUCACUGCAGGAGCAGAGAGGGAGGGAGAGAGGAAGCAGCUCUGUGGUACCUGGUUGUCAUCUGGGACUAAACCACAACACCAGGGACCAUGCAAGCCACACUAAAUGGAGCCUCUCCAUGAGGUCGUUUCUCCCAGUGAGUGGCAGUGAGAAUGAAUGGACACAUAUCAAACACCCCUCCUGGUGGAUAUGGAAGUUACUUCCCUCAAAUGAAUGGCUAUGGCUCCCCGACGUUUGCUCAGGCAGAGAGGGAGCACAAUUCAAGAACAAGUGCAAAAGCUCUCUAUGAACAAAGAAAGAAUUAUGCACGAGACAGUGUCAGCAGCAUAUCUGAAACGUCACAGUACCAUGUGGAGCACUUGACCACCUUUGUUCUGGACCGAAAAGAGGCGAUGAUUACAGUGGAUGAUGGAAUAAGGAAGCUGAAAUUGUUGGAUGCCAAAGGCAAAGUGUGGACUCAAGACAUGAUUCUUCAAGUGGAUGACAAAGCUGUCAGCUUGGUGGACUUGGAAUCAAAGAAUGAACUGGAGAAUUUUCCUUUAAGCACAAUUCAGCAUUGCCAAGCUGUGAUGAAUGCAUGCAACUACAAUUCAAUUCUUGCAUUAAUAUGUAAAGAACCGACCCAAAACAAGCCUGAUUUGCAUCUUUUCCAGUGUGAUGAAAUUAAGGCUACCCUUAUUCAUGAAGAUAUUGAAAGUGCAAUCAGUGACAGCAAAAGUGGGAAACAGAAGAAGAGGCUUGAGACACUGAGAAUGAUCUCCAAAGCUGACAGUGCCAUCCCUCCACCCCCCCGGGCCCCUGCCCCCGUGCCUCCGGGCACCAUCACACAGGUGGACGUGCGGAGCCGCGUGGCAGCAUGGUCGGCGUGGGCCUCGGAGCAGGGGGACUAUGAAAAGCACAGACAGUACCACGAGCAGGAGGAAACAGCAGAGAUGAUAGCAGCCAGGAUUGACAGAGAUGUUCAAAUUCUGAACCAUAUUUUGGAUGACAUAGAGUAUUUUGUUACCAAACUGCAAAAAGCUGCAGAGGCAUUUGCUGAACUUUCAAAGAGGAAGAAAACUAAAAAAAGUAAAAAGAAAGGACCUGGAGAGGGUGUUCUCACUCUCCGUGCAAAGCCACCUCCACCAGAUGAAUUCAUUGACUGCUUCCAAAAAUUCAAGCAUGGCUUCAAUCUCCUGGCCAAGUUGAAGUUCCAUAUCCAAAAUCCUAGUGCAGCUGAUCUGGUUCAUUUUCUCUUUACCCCACUACAUAUGGUGGUACAGACAACAGGAGGGCCAGAGCUUGCCAGCACAGUGCUCAGCCCCCUGCUGACAAAAGACACCAUAGACUUCCUGAGAUACACCGUCACCAGCGAGGAGGGACAGCUCUGGAUGUCCCUGGGUGAUUCAUGGACCAAAGCCAGAGCUGAAUGGCCAAAAGACCAUUUUAUCCCGCCCUACGUGCCCCGUUUCAGGAAUGGUUGGGAGCCUCCUCUGCUGAACUUCAUGGGAGCCCCUAAGGAGCAGGAGCUCAACCAUCUGGCUGAGUCUGUGGCAAACGUGGCAGAGCAGCAGAGGAAGCAGGAGAUGAAAAGAAUGUCCAGUGAGCCUCCCGGCGUUCCCGACUACCCCCCGGCGGAUGGGUAUGCAUUCAGUAACACGGUGUACAAGAGAGGGCCUCUGCUGGACCAGGGGGCAGCUGUGGCUGCCUUUAAGCAAACUGUUAGCCGACAUGUAGAUAGAAACUAUGAAGCACACAAUAAAACACAGAGCAAGAAAUACGCCAAAUGCAAGUACGAAUUCGUGGCAAGAAACAACAGUGAGCUUUCUGUCAUGAAAGAAGAGAUUGUGGAGAUUCUGGAUGACAGAAAGCAGUGGUGGAAGGUUCAGAACAAAAGUGGCAGCACAGGCUUUGUGCCAAACAACAUUUUGGACCCUCUGAGGAACACAGAAGGCGGUCAGGGAUGGCCGGAGCCUGCCUACACCCGCACCAUCCAGAAACAAAGGACGGACUACGUCGCGAAACAGCCCGAGCCGGCUCCCGCCACGCCCUCGCCGCCCCCCACGCCUGCUCCUGUCCCCGUGGCUGUCCCCCUGCCCCCCAGUGCCCCAGCUCCCAUCCCAGUCCCCGUGCCCAAGGCGCCGGCCGCCGUCAGCCGCCAGAGCAGCACCUCCAGCGACAGCGGCGGCAGCGUGGCCCGCGACACCCAACGGCAGAAGCAGAUCCCCGUGGAUCGCAGGAAAUCCCAGAUGGAGGAAGUGCAGGAUGAACUUGUCCACAGGCUCACCAUCGGCCGGAGCGCUGCCCAGAGGAAAUUCCACGUGCCACGGCCAAACAUCCCCGUGGUGAACAUCACCUACGACUCCUCUCCCGAGGAUGUGAAAGCCUGGCUGCAGUCCAAAGGAUUCAACCCCGUGACUGUGAACAGCCUCGGUGUGCUGACAGGAGCUCAGCUUUUCUCCCUCAAUAAAGAGGAACUCAGGACUGUUUGCCCAGAAGGGUCAAGAGUCUACAACCAAAUCACGGUACAGAAAUCUGCCUUGGAGGCCAGCAGUGGUAGUUCAGAACUGCAAGAAAUUAUGAGAAGACGGCAAGAAAAAAUCAGUGCAGCUGCCACAGAUUCAGGCGUGGAGUCCUUUGAUGAAGGAAGCAGCCACUAAAAGUGUGUCCUCUUUUCUUUAAUUCCAUUGUCCAUAGCAUUAAACCAUCCAGCUUUGCUUUAGGAAGAAGUGAAGGGGAAUGUCUUAUUGUAUUGUAAAUAUAACUAGCCAACAUGAAGAAAAUUUACAGUAGUGUUCAGAGAAGUACCUGCUGCUGGCUCCUCAUCACGAGAAAUGAACAGAUGAGAAAUGCAGAGGAGAUUCCUGACAGGUGAAAAUAUUGGUACAAGAUUCAUUUACACCCAGAGAUGGGUCUUGGCUUUAUGGAAUUAACAUGACAGAUAAAUUGGAGCACGUCUUUGUUGGUGAUUCAUCUGAGGGAAGCUGAGCCAGCAAUAAAAAAAGCAUUUCAACCCUUCAGUAAUAAUAAGAUUCUGAAUCCCAUCUCUUGCUGUAGUGUGCAAUUAUGUCCUUUUUGGCUCAGUCUUUCUUGUCAGGCAUUUGGCUGCAGGAUGUUUACUUAAGUUGUCGACUCCAGCAAAUGUGGAGGAAAUGUUUAGGGAAUGAACAGCAGCCCAACAUAGACUGAAUCUUUCCUGCAUCACUCCCAAGAUGUUUUAUUACUAAUGAUGCUGUUUAUAGCAAAAUAAUAUUCUGUACAUUGAUUUUAUCCGUAUUUCACCUGUGAUGAACUAUAAUAUUGCACAAGAAAGAGUAACUAGAAAAUAGUAUCACAACCCAGCUCAAAGAGGUGAUGAGAUCUGCUGUAGCCAUGCAACAACUCACAGUAUAUUUUUCUUUAAAAUAUAAUUGCAUUUUUUUGUCUGCAACUUAACCCAUCAAAAAGAACAGUGUAUAAUCUAGACUUCUCUGUGUGUCGAUCCCAGAUAUCAGUUUUUCCUCGUGCAAAAAGCCUUCAUAAUUUCCUUUAUAAAUGUAAUCUUUUGGAAAAGUGGAUUCCUGAAGGUAAAACAGGUAAAAAAAAAAAAAAAAAAAAAAAAAAGAAAAAAAAAGAAAAGAAAAGA